GCCAACGUGACAUACCUAUUCUUUUUGCCGUCGAUUUGACAGUUCCACAAGUAUUGCAUAUUGUUGACAAAUUCUUAAAAAUUCAGACGACAGCCCUAUAUGCGAUACCGAAAGCACAUUCGCCGUCUUUCAGAGAUCGCAGUGGGAUUCACGAAUCACAUAACUUGACGAACGAUAAAUUACCGUUUGACAAUCAAAACAUACAAGAAAGAACGCGUGAGGUUAGGUUCCUCUAGGCUCAGGUUCCUCAGGUCACGAUGAGCCUACGCGACCGUCAGAUAAACGCCCUGAAGCAGAUGCUGAAUCUGAAUCGGCCCGAGUCGCGGCUCGAGGAGGCGAUGCCGACGUGGAAGCUUUUCAUCUACGAUCGCCUCGGCCAGGACAUCAUAUCGCCGCUCAUCUCCGUCAAGGAGCUGCGCGAGCUUGGUAUCACGUUGCAUAUGCAACUGCACUCGGACCGCGACUCCAUCCCCGAGGUGCCAGCGAUUUAUUUCUGCGCGCCCACGGACGAGAAUCUCGGCAGGAUCGGCCAGGACUUGCAGAACGGUCUGUACGAUAUCUAUCACCUGAAUUUCAUCUCGCCGAUCUCCCGGCAGAAGAUGGAAGAUCUGGCGGCUGCCGCGUUACUCGGCGGCGUGGUCGCCAACAUUCAUAAGGUGUUCGAUCAGUACCUGAAUUUUAUCACUUUAGAGGACGAUCUGUUUAUCUUGCGCCAUCAAAACAGCGACAUGAUAUCCUAUCACGCGAUCAAUCGCGGUGACGUCAAGGAUAGCGAGAUGGAAUCCAUGAUGGACAUAAUCGUAGACUGUUUAUUUUCAGUAUUUGUCACUCUAGGUACUGUGCCCAUUAUAAGAUGUCCCAGAGGCAAUGCCGCCGAGAUGGUCGCCAAAAUGAUUGACAAGAAACUGCGGGAGAAUGUAUGGGAUGCGAGGAACAAUCUGUUCGAGGGCGAAGCUUCUACUACCGGGCAUUUCAGUUUCCAGAGGCCUUUGCUCAUUGUACUGGAUCGUAAUGUUGACAUGGCCACACCGCUGCAUCAUACGUGGACAUACCAGGCUUUGGCACACGAUGUUCUGGAGAUGACACUCAACAGGUUAGUCGUAGAAGAAAAUGUAGGACGAUCUCCCGCUGGUGGGACACGCUCCAAGACACGCGCCUAUGAGUUGGACAAUAGAGAUCGUUUUUGGUGCCAACACAAGGGUAGCCCUUUCCCCAGAGUAGCGGAGGCUAUACAGGAGGAACUGGAGCAGUAUCGCACCUUCGAAGAGGACGUAAAGAAGCUUAAAUCUUCUAUGGGCAUUGAUAAUGACAGCGAAGUGGCGUUGUCGAUGGUGUCUAAUAAUACUGCACGCUUAACGAGCGCAGUGAAUUCAUUGCCGCAGCUUUUGGAAAUGAAACGCCUGAUAGAUAUGCACACAUCAGUGGCUACAGGUAUUCUAAACGCCAUCAAAUCGAGACGACUCGAUACUUUCUUUGAAUUGGAGGAGAAAAUCAUGAGCAAGCAAACGCUUGACAGGAGCGUACUAGAGACCAUCGGUGAUCCAGAUUGCGGUACUUCCGAGGAUAAAUUGCGUCUUGCUAUUAUCUAUUAUAUUUGCACGAAUAUGUCUGACGCAGAUUAUGAUAAACUGGAAGCAGCUCUGACCGCGGCUGGCUGUGAUCUAAAUCCGCUAGUCUACAUCAAACGAUUGCGCAGCUACACCCGGAUAGCCGAGAUCCAGAGCAGCUACGAAGGCGGAGGCACCAAGACCGUCAGUAUGUUCUCCAAGCUGAUGAAUCAAGGGUCAUCAUUCGUCAUGGAGGGCGUAAAAAAUCUAGUAGUAAAAAAGCACAAUCUACCUGUCACCAAGAUAGUGGAUGAACUGAUGGAGUCUAAGCAGUCUUCGCGGACUGAGGAUUAUCUCUAUCUCGAUCCGAAGCAACUCAAGCAUACCGAGCAGAUGCCAAAGAAUCGGCCGACGUUUCAGGAUGUGAUAGUUUUCAUGGUGGGUGGUGGCAACUAUAUAGAAUACCAGAAUCUAAUGGACUAUGUGAAACAACGAAGUGGCGCCGGGGUGAAUAAACGCGUGAUCUAUGGUGCCACGACUUUUAUUAAUGCCAAGCAACUGCUCAAACAAGUAUCUCUACUUGGCCAGGAAGUCCAUUCGUGAAUAUGAUUUAUAUUUGUCAUCUGCGGUGAUUAUGUAUCUCCUCCUUCUCUCCCUCUCUCUCUCUCUCUUUCUUUCUGUUAUCGGUGCGGAAGUUAAUAGUUGCGCUUUUUUUUUAAAUAAAAUCGUUGAUAGUUCUUGUAUAAAGUACGUAUGACAUAAAUAAAAUCUGAUUUAUUAUUUUCAACAACGCU